AUGAAUGGCUUUGAGGAUAUAAAGUCUUUUCCAUUUCUUAUAUUGAACUCCGCAAAUAGCCGAACACCACCACAGAAACCUGUUCUCAGUAACAAGCUAAGAGCUGAGCAGACAGUAAAUGUUCAAGAAUCCUCACUUCACUUCACAUCAAGGAACACAGAGCUCAGUGUGCUGCACUCUGAGAAACUACGCGUGGAUCCUGACAACUUCAAGCUGCUGGCCGACUGCCUGACCAUCGUGCUCGCUGCUCAGAUGGGUACAGACUUCAGUGGUGAAGUGCAAGCAGCUUUAAAGAAGUUCCUGGCUGUGGUGGUGUCCUCCCUGGGAAGACAGUACCACUAG